GGAUGUAGUGUUGUUGUUUUUUUUCACCUGCAUCUCCCUAGGAAGGUUUCAUAUUCCAUUCCCAUCUCCCCCACCCUUGCUCCCGCCACAACUUUUAGAGAGGAGGAGAAACGAGAGGAAGAGGAGGAGGAGAAGAAAAAGAAGAAGAAGAAGAGAGAGUUUGGAUCAACUUCUGUUAAAACUUUUCUGGCGUUCAACUCAACAUUGAGCCGCGCGAGAGGACGCCGCGGACCCCACAUCGCGCGCGCAGCAGGCUACACCAUAGCAACUCAGACAGGACAAAAUGAAGUUGCUUCUGCUCGUACUUACGACCGCGUUGCUAUGGCAACACUGCCAAGCCCAGCAGAGGGGUCUGUUUCCAGCUGUGUUGAAUCUAGCGACUAUGGCUAAUAUAACAACCAAUGCUACCUGUGGUUCAACUGGUCCAGAAAUGUUCUGCAAGCUUGUGGAACACGUUCCAGGACAGCCUGUUAGAAAUGCACAGUGUCAAAUCUGCAACCAAAGGAGUGCAAAUCCCACGGAACAUCAUCCCAUAGAAUAUGCCAUAGAUGGAACCAAUCGUUGGUGGCAGAGUCCGUCGAUAAAGAAUGGAAUGGAGUACCACUAUGUGACGAUCACACUGGACUUGAAACAGGUUUUUCAGAUCGCCUAUGUGAUAAUAAAGGCAGCCAACUCACCUCGUCCAGGCAAUUGGAUCUUAGAGCGUUCAAUAGAUGGCGUGACCUUUGAACCCUGGCAGUACUAUGCUAUCACAGACACAGAGUGCCUGACAAGGUUCAACAUAAAUCCUCGGACAGGACCUCCAUCCUACACCAGAGAUGAUGAAGUCAUCUGCACAUCCUUUUACUCAAAGAUUCACCCACUGGAGAAUGGAGAGAUACACACUUCUCUGAUCAAUGGUAGACCCAGUGCAGAUGACCCCUCGCCAACUCUCCUGAACUUCACAUCCGCCCGCUACAUCAGGUUGGUGUUUCAGAGAAUCAGAACGCUCAACGCCGACCUCAUGACUCUGACACUCCAUGACCCCAAAGAUAUGGAUCCUAUUGUGACGAGACGGUACUACUAUACCAUUAAGGACAUCUCGGUUGGAGGGAUGUGCAUCUGUUUUGGCCAUGCGAAAGCUUGUCCGCUCAACAGUGUUACAAAGAAGUUUAGCUGUGAAUGUGAACACAACACUUGUGGGGAGAGCUGUGAUCGCUGUUGCCCAGGUUACCACCAGCAGCCUUGGAUGGCAGGAACCUUCCUCACUCGACAUGUCUGCGAGAAGUGUAACUGCCACGGUAAGGCAGAAGAAUGCUACUUUAAUCAAACAGUGGCAGAUCUGUCGCUCAGCCAGGACAUUCACGGUCAGUACAAAGGGGGCGGAGUCUGCAUAGGCUGCCGUGACGACACGGCUGGCAUUAACUGUCAGAGCUGCGUUCCUGGAUUCUACAGACCUGCUGACGUGAGCGCUGAGGAGGAGAGCCCCUGCAUCCCCUGCUCCUGCGACCCAUACGGUUCCAUCAGCCAAACGUGUGUCGCAGAUUCGAGCCAAGCUACGCCCCGCCAGCCAGCAGGGUCAUGCUGGUGUAAGGAGGGUUUUUGGGGUCUGAGAUGUGACAGGUGUGCUAUUGGUUAUACGGGCUACCCAUACUGCGAGCGCUGUAACUGCAGCGUUGAAGGAAGCGUCAACGCUGACCCAUGUAUAACACCCUGCAUAUGCAAGGAAAAUGUGGAGGGGGAAAAUUGUGACCGCUGUAAGCUCGGAUUCUACAAUCUUCAAGAGUCCAACCGACGCGGCUGCGAAAAAUGCUCCUGCAUGGGCGUUUCCAGUCAGUGCACAGCCUCCACGUGGACCUAUCAGAAUGAGACCACUCUGACAGGCUGGCACCUGGUUGGCAACACGGGAGGGAGGGUGUGGUCCGUUCACAGAGAGACCCCCCCAUAUCUCAGCGUGCGACACUUAGAUGUUGUGGACGAUCUUGGCACCGCCUACUAUUGGAAUGCACCUGGACUAUACUUAGGAAACAAGCUUUCAGCCUACGGUGGGAAUGUUAUUUUCACCGUGUCUUAUACUGUAGAGCAGCAAGAACAAGUGAGCAUCAGAGUCACAUCAGAGCCUGACUUAAUCAUAGAGGGAGGAGGGAUGAAGAUUAAUUACAAAAGGUUUGGCGAGCCUGUCUACCCGUCCUCAUCCAGCACCAGUCACAUAGUUCUCCUGCCAGAGAACUUCCGGGUUUCAGAGACGGCACAGCCAGUUAGUCGGAGAGAUUUCUUGUCUGUGCUGGCAAAAGUGACGAGUGUGAUGGUGCGGGCCUCUUACAGCACAGAACGCAGCGCUGUUUACAGACUCCACUCAUUUUCUAUGGAGGUAGCAAAUCCCGCUGCCAGAGGAGAGAGGAGAGCAUCAGCUGUAGAAGUGUGCUCUUGCCCUUAUGGAUAUGGUGGAACUUCUUGUGAGGCGUGUGUGCUUGGUUUUCGGAGGGUAAACGGGAAUCUGUAUAACGGGGUGUGUGAACCUUGUCACUGCCAUGGACACACAACACAAUGCCAUGAAGUCACGGGGCAUUGCUUGGACUGCUCCCACAGCACCGCUGGCCCCUACUGUGACACCUGCCUGCCAGGUUACUAUGGCAACGCCACCCGUGGGUCACCUGCGGACUGUCAACCCUGUGCCUGCCCGCUCAAUAUUCCCAGCAACAACUUCAGUCCAACCUGCCACUUGAGUCAAGACGGAGAGCUGCUGUGUGAUCAGUGUCGGCCUGGCUACACAGGACCACGAUGCGACAGAUGUUCCAAUGGAUACUACGGUCAGCCCACUGUACCAGGGGGAUCCUGCAGACUUUGUGAUUGCAAUGGCAACCUGGACCUUUCCAUACCUGGGAGCUGCGAUCCAAAUACAGGCCGGUGUCUGCGGUGUCGCCAGGGUUAUGGUGGCGAAGCUUGUGACAGUUGCGCUGCAAGUUAUUAUGGAGACGCCAUCAUAGCAAAAGAUUGCCAACCGUGUCAGUGCCAUACUAAUGGGUCUGUUUCUGAGGUCUGCAACCAGGAGACUGGAGAGUGCCACUGUAAAGAAAAUGUGCUUGGACAGAAGUGUGACAAGUGCAGGCCUAACAGCUGGUGGGAUGCUGAGCAUCAGGAGUGCAUGCCCUGUCGCUGCAGCCCCUACGGAUCUAUUUCUCAGCGCUGUGACGUCGAAGGCCGCUGCAUCUGUCGCCCUGGCUUCGUGGGCCGACGCUGUGAUCUCCGUCGCCUAGGUUACGAAAGGCGGGAGACACGGCGGCCCGUGGAGCGCAUCUCAGUGGACUCUGCGCAGCAGAGAUGGGGGGGAAUAUCCCGCACGGGUGGUUGUCCCAGGGGCGCAUAUAGGCCUAAGGCUGGGACUCAUGGCCUUACCACAGGUGGAGCCUGCAUUCCAUGUCACUGCAAUUCAUAUGGUUCCAAGUCAUUCGACUGUGAUGAAAACGGUCAGUGUCGGUGUCAGCCUGGCGUCACCGGACCCAAAUGUGACCGGUGCUCACGAGGAUAUUUCAACUUUCAGGAGGGAGGGUGCACGCCAUGUCAGUGCAGUCAUGUGGGGAACAACUGUGAUGCUAACACUGGGCAGUGCAUCUGUCCUCCAAACACAAUCGGUGAGAGGUGCGAUCGCUGUGCUCCCAACCACUGGGGGCAUGACAUCGUAACUGGAUGCAAGGAGUGUGGCUGCAAUGUGAUCGGUUCAGUGACCCAGCAGUGCAACGUAAACACAGGCUGCUGCAACUGUCACGACUCCUUCAGAGGAGAUAAAUGCAAUGAAUGCCAGAUUGGAUACAGAGACUUUCCUCAGUGCGUCCAGUGCAAGUGCAACAUCGCAGGAUCGGACCGCCAGACUUGCGACCAGGAGAGAGGAGCCUGUGGCUGUGCAGAUCGAACAGGAAAAUGUAGCUGCAAGGAAAAUGUGGAGGGAGACUACUGCGAUCACUGUAAGCCCGACACGUUUGGGUUAUCCCUACGAAACCCGCUGGGCUGCAGCAGGUGUUACUGUUACGGAUUGACCCACUUCUGCACAGAGGCGCAAGGACUUAUCAGGAUGUGGUUAACACUGAAGCCGGAGCAGACGGUGCUCCCCUUGGUGGAUAAAUCCAACGCCGUGGAGACGAGAACAGGAGUUAGCUUCCAACAUCCUGAGAUCAUCGUUCAUGCAGAACUUAUCACCUCCACUCUGUCUGAACCCUACUACUGGAAACUGCCUGAGCAGUUCAAAGGCUCUAUGAUCACAGCAUAUGGGGGGCAGCUGAAAUAUGCUGUGUACUAUGAGGCCAGAGAAGAAACUGGUCCUUCCUCCUAUGAGCCUCAGGUCAUUAUUAAAGGUGGUCCUAACCACAACAUGGUGAUGACACGCCACAUAACAGGACUCCAGAUUGGUCAGCUCACCCGCCAUGAGAUUGACAUGACAGAGCAUGAUUGGAAAUUUGCAGAUGGUCGGACUAUGACUCGAGAGGACUUUAUGGACAUUUUGUUCUACGUGGACUACAUCCUAAUUAAGGCAUCACACGGCAACUUGAUGAGACAAAGCCGUAUUUCAGAGAUCAGUCUGACAGUGGCCGAGGAGGGCAGACCAACCAAAGAAAGCGAGAAAGCCCACCAGAUAGAGAAGUGUGAUUGUCCAAUUGGAUACUCUGGACUUUCCUGUGAGAAUUGUCAAGACAACACAGAGGGUGAUCGGUGUGAACGCUGUGCACCGGGAUUCUACGGCGUGGUCCGAGGUUCUCCUGAUGACUGCAAACCCUGCGCCUGCCCCCUUACCAACCCACAGAAUAAUUUCAGUCCCACCUGUGUAGCAGAGGGGUUUGAUGACUACCGAUGCACCGCCUGUCCUGAAGGAUAUGAGGGCAAACACUGUGAGAGGUGUGCCACUGGUUACCAUGGUAACCCAAGGAUACCAGGUGGCCACUGUGAAGAGUGUAAGUGUUCCUUGUGGGGUGCUUUGCCCGGACCAUGUGACCCUGUCACGGGCCAAUGCCGUUGCAGGGUUGGGGCAUCUGGGAUGACGUGUGACCAGUGCAUGGAUAGGCAUGUGUGUGGACCAUCUGGGAUCAUCUCCUGCGAUGAUGAGUGCUCUGGUUUGUUAAUCAGCGAUAUGGACCGCCUGUUACGCAUCAUCAAUGAGGUCACUUUGACGACACCCCUUCCACCACCUUAUAAGGUGUUGUACCGAUUUGAGAACAUGACAGAGGAGCUCAAGCACAUGUUGUCGCCUCAGAAAGCUCCAGAGAGAUUACUGCAACUGGCUGACUCCAACCUGGGAUCGCUGGUUACAGAGAUGGACCAGCUACACAGCAGGGCCACUAAGGUGUCUGCUGAUGGAGAGCAGGUUGAGGAUGAUGCUGACAGGAUUCAUAAACGAGCCGAGGACCUGGAGCAGUUCAUCAGGGACACACUGCUCGGAGCUAAAGACCUCGAAUCAAAGGCUGCUGAGUUGAAUCAGUCUCUUUCACGGAGAGGUGGAACUCCAGAAAAAAGCCUGAGCGAGAUGAAGGAGGAGAUCCAGGCUAUGCUGCAUGAGAUGAGGCAACGACGGCUGGGAGGGAAGAAAGUUAUUGCAGAGGAGGAAAACAAUUUAGCAGAAGAGUUGUAUCAGAAAGUCCAAAGACUCUUUGGUAAACCGCAUCAGGCCACUGAAGACCUCAAGGCAGAGAUAAAAGAGAAGCUUUCGGACCAUGAGGAGAAGCUCAGGGAUGCCCAUGGUCUGCUCAUCUUUGCCCAGGGACAGACAAGUCUGGCUGGCUCACUGGCUUACCAAAACCAAGCUAACCUCACAGCCCUGGAGAGGAAGCGAUCUGCAGUCAGUGGAGUGAAACAGGAAGCACAGAAGGUUCUUAGAGAAGGAGAACGUCUACUGGGUGAAGCGAACCAGCUUUCUGACAACGUCAACAAAGAGAUCGAGGACUUGGAGGAAAUGGCGAGUGAGCUCGGUGCUCUUCAUGGCCGGCUGGAUGACAGAGUCAGUCACCUCACUUAUGGUUUGAGCGAUGGUCGCCUGGCUUAUCGCGUGCAGGAUGCAGAGGAACAUGCCAGGCAACUUAACGACUCUGCAGCAAUUUUAGAUGGUAUUUUGGCUGAAGCUAAAAACCUUUCCUUCAAUGCGACAGCCGCCUUCAAUGCCUACAGUAACAUUAAAGCGAAUGUUGAUGCAGCAGAGAAGGAAGCAAAGGCAGCCAAACAGAGGGCGAGCGAGGCGCUGGCACUGGCUUUAGGUCCAGAUAUCCCAGUAAAGGAAGCAGCUCGAGAUGCCCUGCAGAAGAGUCAUGUACUGUUGGAUCAAGCUAAACAACUUCAAAAUGAGGUCCAAGAGAAUGCAGCUGGUGUGGCCGGGCUGAAGGGCAGAGUUAAAGCAGCAAAAGACAAAACCAAAGACCUGCUGAAAGCUGUCAAUGGAACCAUGGCAACGCUCAACGCCAUCCCCAAUGACACAGCAGCUAGGCUAGCAGCCACAAAGGCUGUAGCAGCGGAUGCUAACGCCACAGCCAUUGACGUCCUGGAGCGUCUUGGAGAUUUGAACCUGCGACUUGGUGGACUAGAGCGCAACUACACUGAUCUGAAGGAGACUGUCAGCGAAGCCAAUCAGAUGAUCCAGGACCCUGAGAAAAACACAAUCAUUCAUGCUGCAGGGGCAAAAGUGAAGGAUUUGGAGGACGAAGCUGACAGGCUGUUGGAGAAGCUGCAACCAAUCAAAAAGCUACAGGACAAUUUGAGGCGCAACAUCUCUCAAAUAAAGGAACUGAUUAACCAGGCCAGGAAACAAGCUAAUUCAAUCAAAGUAUCAGUGUCUUCUGGAGGUGACUGCCUCCGUAGUUACCGCCCUGACAUCCGAAAGGGGAGGUAUAAUACCAUCAUUCUUCAUGUCAAAACCACCACACCUGACAACCUGCUAUUCUACCUGGGAUCAGCCAAAUAUGUUGAUUUCUUGGCAUUGGAGAUGCGCAAGGGGAAGGUGAAUUUCCUUUGGGAUGUGGGUUCAGGUGUGGGGAGGGUCGAAUAUCCCCAUCACACCAUCCAUGAUGGAAACUGGCAUAGGAUCGAGGCGUCUCGCAAUGGGUUGAAUGGUACCAUAUCAGUAUAUCCUCUGGAAGGCUCUAUGGCUGGUAUGAUGCCGACCCCGGCCAGUGCCAACUCGCCCACGGCCUUCACAAUCUUGGAUGUAGACCAGAACGCCUACCUGUUUGUGGGAGGGAUAUUCGGCUCUGUCAAGAAAGCAGAGACAGUAAGAACAAAUACUUUCACAGGCUGCAUGGGGGAAACCUACCUGGAUGGUAAACCUAUUGGAUUGUGGAACUACAGAGAGAGAGAGGGAGACUGUAAGGGAUGUGUCGUCAGCCCCCAGCGUUCCCACGGUGAAGGGACCGUUCAACUGGAUGGAGAAGGCUACGCUGCAGUGGGACGACCCACCAGGUGGAACCCAAAUGUCUCCACCAUCACUUUCAAGUUCCGCACGUUCUCCUCUGAUGCUCUGCUCAUGUAUAUGGCAGCUGAAGACAUGAAGGACUUCAUGUCUCUGGAGCUGUCAGAGGGUAAAGUGAAGGUUAACUUUGACCUUGGAUCUGGAGUUGGAAGUGCCAACUCAUCUAAGCGCCAUAAUGAUGGCCACUGGAAAUCCCUCACCAUGUCGAGGAACAAGAAACUAUCCACGGUGUCCAUAGUAGACGUUGACAGCAGUGACGAGGAAAAGAUUGUGGCCACAUCUCUGGGGUCAGCUACUGGUCUGAACCUUAAGGAGCACCAGAAAAUCUAUUUUGGAGGUCUGCCAACGAUUGGAAAUUACAGCAUCGCAGCCAGGUCAGAGGUCAUUCUGAAGAGGUAUGCGGGCUGUCUUCGGGACAUUGAAAUCUCCAGAACGCCAUAUAACCUUCUGAGUAGCUCAGAUUAUACUGGUGUGACUAAAGGAUGUAAUGUAGAGAACCUGCACACAGUCAGUUUCUCUAAGCCAGGAUACAUGGAGCUGAGUGGUCUAUCGCUAGCCGUUGACACAGAGAUCAGCCUGUCAUUCAGCACUCUAGAAGACACUGGGACCAUACUGCUGGCAGUAGGCAGAGGGUCACCAAACAGACAGAAGGCCCGCUCCACAAGCCUUUCAAAGUCCAAGAGGAAGAGAAGACAGUCAGGAGAGCCCUACCUCUCAGUCAUGCUGACCAGAGGUUCGCUGGAAGUCGUAGUGUCUACCGGCAGCCACAAUCGGCGACAAGCCACCAGACGACCUGAACAAGGCACGCUGAAUGAUGGCAGAGAGCACACACUCCGCAUAGAGAGGCUAGCUGGCAGAUCUUUUGCAGUCCACGUGGACGAUGAAGCCAGGAUGCAAGGCGUGCUUCCCAAUGACCAGCCAUUGAACUUGCAGCGUAUCUUCCUUGGUGGUAUUCCCGCAGAAGUAGAGCAGACCUCCAACAGAGCCAACAUCCCCUUCAAAGGAUGCAUAUGGAACCUCAUGAUCAAUGCUGUUUUGUCAGAUUUCGCUCAGUCUGUUUCCUUUGAGAAUGCUGAAAUUGGUCAGUGCCCGAACCUCGCCCCACCGCCACCUCCACCUCCUCUACCAGCAGAGAAGGAGCUCGAGAAAGAAAAAGAGGAUUCAAAGCCCUCAACCCCCAUCUCACCACGUCCAAGUCCUCCUGCUGAGGCCACGUCCCCUUCCCUACCUGCUGCUGCAACCCGUGCACCUGCUACUGUAGCACCGUCCAGUGAUAAACAGAAACCCAGCUCAGAUGUGGAAUCAUGUGCAUCAGCUGUGGCCCCAACAGCACUUGAGAAGGCCUAUCAGUUUGGAUUGACCAGAAACAGCCACAUGAGCUUCGCCUUUGAUGACAACAAUGUCAGAGACAAACUGAAAAUUGAGUUUGAGCUGAGGACAAAGGAGUCAUCCGGUCUUAUUUUCUACAUGGCAAGAAUCAACCAUGCUGACUUUGUUUCCAUACAGAUCAAGAAUGGUCAGGUUUGUCUGGGUUAUGAUCUUGGCCAUGGAAACAUAUCUGACUGUGUCCCAUACUCCAUCAAUGAUGGAAGCUGGCAUAAGAUCAGCGUAACGCGUGACAGGCAGAGAGCCACGCUUAUUGUGAAUAGGCGGUUCCAAAAAAUGAUGUCAAGUCCAAAGAAGGCUGACCUGUUAGAUGUGGUGGGGAUUCUGUACAUUGGCGGAUUACCACAAAACUAUACCACAAAACGAAUAGGACCGAUUCUCUAUAGUAUCAAUGGAUGUAUUCGUGACCUUAGGGUGGCUGGAAGCCCUGUAGGAGGUGUUUCAGGUUCUUCUGAGUCCAUGAUUGACUUUAAACUAGACAUGGCCACACCCACAUCCAGUCAUAUGGUUGGAAGGUGCUUCGUUGCUACUGAGACAGGCACUUAUUUUGAGGGCACUGGCUUUCUAAAAGCAGUCUCAUCCUAUAGAGUGGGUCUGGAUGUGUCCAUAGCAUUAGAGUUCCGAACCAGCAGAACCAGUGGAGUGCUUUUGGCAGUCAGUAAUCAAGGCAAUGAUGGACUGGGGCUAGAAAUUGUCGAUGGCAAGCUGCUCUUCCAUGUUGACAAUGGAGCUGGGCGUUUUACGGCAGUGCACGUUCCUCAGGGAGAAGGCUUCUGUGAUGGACAAUGGCACUCCAUCACCGCCACCAAGAAACGGAACAAGCUGGAGCUGGUGGUUGAUGGGAAGCAGAGCGAUGCAGCCAGUCUGUAUGCACACUCUGUCACCUGUGACACCAGCGACCCCAUAUAUGUUGGAGGAUAUCCUGCUGGAGUUCACCAGGCAGCUCUUUCUACCAGCACCUCUUUUCAUGGUUGUAUAAGAAACCUGAAGAUCACCAAGUCUUCUAAGACCAUGGAGGUGCACUUCAACAAGGCUCUGGAGAUUAGAGGAGUCCAGCCUCUUUCCUGUCCUGCUGUCGCUGCCUAAUUCUCCUUACUGCUUUUCAAUAAGGUCUCAGCUUUCCCAAGGGACCUAAUGCCAAUUUAUGUGUUGACCCAUUUCCUCAGAGUGAAUUUGUGUGUUAGCUGUGCAGUCAUUACUCUUUUAAGCCCUGCAACUUGUGACACGUUUCUCUAUUCCCAAAUUAGUGUACCUUUACAGCCAUUCAUUAAUUCUACUCACAAUUCAUUUGCUUGGUGUAAGUACCUAAAAAAUAAGUGCCCAGCUCAGCUACACUUUUUGCAUUGUAACAUCAAAAAUGUCUUUGAGUGUUUUUCUUCGCUCAAAUUGAAAUAUAAACAACAACAAGCCUAACCAAACAAGUAUUCUGAUGCUACCAACAUGCAAUAUUGCUCAGUGUGAUUUUUAAAGUACCAAAUUCAUCCAUCAAUCCAUCCAUCUUCUUCCGCUUAUCUGGGGCCGAGUCGCGGGGGCAACAGCCUAAGGAAACCUCCCUCUCCCCAGCCAUCUCCUCCAGCUUGUCUAGGGGAACACCAAGGUGUUGCCAGACCAGCCGAGAGUUAUAAUCUCCCCAGCAUGUCCUGGGUCUGCCCUAGUGCCUCCUCCCAGUGGGACAUGCCCAAAACAUCCAGGAGGCAUCCUUGCCAGAUGCCCGAACCGCCUCAACUGCCUCCUUUGGAGGAGCAGCGGUUCUAUUCUGAGCCCCUGCUGGAUGGCUGAACUUCUCACCCUAUCUCUAAGGGAGAGGCCAGCCACCCUUCGGAGGAAGUUCAUUUCUGCCGCUUCUCUCUCUUUUGGUCGCUACCCACAGCUCAUGACCAUAGGAUGAGGGUAGGGACGUGGAUCGAAUGGUAAAUCGAAAGCUUCGCUUCUACACUCCACCCAUCCCAGUUCUUCAAAUAUAACCUUAAACAUCUACUAAGAAGUUGUCAGUUUAUUAUCAGACCUGCGCACAAUGUGAAGCUCUGAUCAAUAAAUUUGUAAUGGCUA